AUGGUGGAUAUGGACGAUGCGACGAGGCUCAUUGGAGACCUGCAUCAGAAACUAGCCGACCUCGACCACAAGGUUGCAGCCUACCGCCAAGACAUGGCAACUGAGUUCCAUAGGUACUCCAAAAACCUCCUCCAGAACCUCCCAAACGACUUGCAAGCCGAGGUCGACCGUGCUGUCGCUGCUUCCUACCACAAUUAUCCCGCCCUCAGUCCCGCCCUCUGUCCACCACGAGACCACCCUGACUCACCGCCACCGCCGCCUACCGACGACACCGAAAAGGUCACCGAAACCGCACCCGACCGCCGUGAAUCCACUCCGACGCCGCAGUCACAGGCCACUCAUUCUGCCCCUCCUUCAUCCGUCGUCGCCAAUGCCGGGACUGCCACCCUAACCUCUCCCGACAGUGCUCACGACCGGGAAAGGGAAAGGGAAAGGGAACUGUACGGACUCUUCACACCAAGCUACCUGCCUCUGCUGGACGGCGCACAACCGUCGCCCAUAACGAAUCACUCGCCAGUCCUCUCGCCACCCCCAAAGCCUCCUGCUAACGACUACGAAAUGGACCCCCCUAAUUCCAGACAGGACUCUGGGCGUCGUCCGGUCCAGGUGUCCGUCGCUGCAACGCAGACUCCUGAUCGCCCGAACCACGAACGUCGGGCUACAGACGACACGACCUCAUCGGGCACCUCCGAGCAGAGCGACUCCAAGGUGCGCCGAAGUGCCUUGCGACGGACCUCCAGCGGAUCCAAGACCCCUGCUAGCCCCCGCCGAGUGCGCUUCGAAUUCGAGGGAGGGGAAGUGCUACCUACAGCCUCGCCGCAGUCAUCCGAGCCUUCGUUGGUACUGUCACAUACCCUUGCCAACUCGAGGUCACCUACGCCACCUCAGGAGGAGUCAAUGUCUGUCGAGUCGUUGUUGGGACCUGACGAGGACCUUGGCCCCCCACCGAAGAAGGUGUCUUCAUCUCAAGCCCUUCGCGCCCUUUCUCGAGCUCCUUUAGAUGCGAAUACGGUCUGGACAGUUGUAAACCCCGACGCUCAAGGAUCCGAUGCCGAGAAGGAGAACGGAAGCAUGGCCACGUCCGAUUCGGAGAGCUCACUGCACGCCAACAACUCCGUUCAAACCCAACCCAAGUAUCGGGAGUCACCAAAGAGUCCAGUUGUGGAGCGUGGGCGGACACUGGAGCAAACCAGCCCCGCUUCACCAGAGAUUCCUAAUAUGGCGAGGGAUGACGAUGAUAGCGACGACAGCUCAUCCGACGAUGGCUUCCUCGCCAUGGCAAAGCCGAAAUCUUUUGCGAAUAAGAAGGCUAUUCUGUCUCCGCUAUCUCGCUCGCCCACAAGGAUAACACCAGUGCCUCAAAGUCCGAGCCCGGAAAAGACAGGAUCGUCGACCGAGGCAAAGACAUUGGCGAGGCAAAUAGAAGUCGAGGACGAGGACGACGAUGACAUGUUUCACUUUGAGGGUCUCAGUGCUCCACCUAAGCCUCGAGCGCGACCCGCACCGAUACAAGAGGAGGACGAGGACGAGGACGAGGAAGAUGACGAACACGAAGUCAACCAACCGGUGGCUCAGACGCUCUACUCAACAUCACCCGCCGUGUCAAUUCCCAAGCCGCCUGAGCCACAGAUUCCGGCACAUCUCAUCUCUGGAUCGGUUGGGUCAUUCAGGGGUCGUCCUGUGACGAUGCCUGUCGUCAAGAACCCUGAAAUCUACCAGCAAGCAGCCUCGCUUGGGGAUGUCAGCACCUUUAUCGGUGGAUUGGACGGACGCAGCGGCGUCGACGACGGCGAUUUGAACAGUUACCGCGCCAGUGUGGGGCAGGUAUUGUUUUCGGGGACGCCUCGAAGCUUGACAGAACGGAUGAUGAUGGAGGAAGCACAGAGCCAGAGACGAGCGGCGGCUCAGCGACCGCGAUAA